AUUAAGCCAUAACGCAAACAACGUCAAUUAUGAAUAAUGCUUAUCAUUUGUGUACAGAAUAUAUAACUUGGCAACGAUUAUAAUUUUGUUUACAAGAACAAAAACGAUAACUGUCCACAAUAGCAGUUUACAACUUAGCUAGUUAUUAUUAUUAUUUUUUUUACUACUUGUUAGCCUUGAAUUAACACUCCUAGCUAGCUAAAACUGUCGUCGUAAAUGUUUCAUUCAUGAACCGAAUUUAUCGCACAAAUGUGCAAUUGUCUUGAUUUAAACAUGAAUAACAAGUCAUUUUGGGGGAAACAAGCGUCUUGGUUAAUAGUGAACAAAUAAAUAGCUGCAUGGUAUUAAUGGGGGGGGCGACGCUGUUCUACAAUGUUUUGGUUCCUGGCGGUGACGUCACGCACAACAACAUGGUUCCCUUGUUUUGGACCUGUGCAGCGUGCUUCGUGCUAUGCGCGGCGACGCUUCUUCGAGGCUGAACCCGCGAACGACGUCGCUCCCCUUUGCACCCACGCGAUGGCUCAAGCCGGGGGAAGGUGUGCCGAGUCCGGGCGCAGGCUGCGCUCCAUAUCUCGGCGGAUGUACGACGAGAAUGAGGACCUGUCUGACGUUGAGGAAAUAGUCAACAUCAGGGGUUUCAGCGUGGAGGAGAAGCUGAGCAGUGACCGCUACGGUGCAGACUUUGUCUGCAUGAUGGAGAGUAAAGACUUUACUUAUGAAUAUGUGCAAAGGGAGGCCUUAAGAGUGCCACUUAUUUUCAGAGAGAAACAAGGACUAGGGAUCAGCAUGCCUGAUCCAGAAUUCACAGUCUCCGAAAUUAAAGGCUUAGUUGGCGGUCGUCGCUCUGUGGACGUCAUGGACGUGAGCACUCAGAAAGGCUCCGAAAUGACCAUGUCCCAGUUUGUGCGUUACUACGAGACGCCGGAAGAGGAGCGGGACAAACUGUUCAACGUGAUCAGCUUGGAGUUCAGCCACACCAAGCUGGAGAACCUCAUCAAGAGACCCACAGUGGUGGACCAGGUGGACUGGGUGGACAACAUGUGGCCUUCCUAUCUGAAAAAGAGCCAAACCGAAGCCACCAAUGUGAUCUCAGAUAUGAAAUACCCCAAAGUGCAAAGGUAUUGCCUGAUGAGCGUGAAGGGCUGCUACACAGACUUCCACAUUGACUUUGGAGGCACGUCCGUUUGGUAUCACGUCUUCAAGGGACAGAAAGUGUUCUGGCUAGUGCCUCCCACGCUUCCCAACUUGGCGCUGUACGAGGACUGGGUGCUGUCGGGCAAGCAGAGCGACAUUUUCUUGGGAGACCGAGCGGACGGCUGCCAGCGAGUGGAGCUCAAGCAGGGAUACACCUUCUUCAUCCCAUCUGGCUGGAUCCAUGCCGUCUACACGCCGGAGGACUCGCUGGUCUUCGGAGGCAACAUCCUGCAUAGCUUCAACAUUCCCAUGCAGCUUACCAUCCACGAGAUAGAGAACAGGACCAAGGUUAAUUCCAAGUUCCGCUUCCCCUUCUACUAUGAGAUUUGUUGGUACGUCCUGGAGAGAUACGUGCACUGCCUGACCAAACGUUCCUACCUUUCUCAGGAGAUCUGCAAAGAGCCUUUCCUAAUGGGAAGCCCCUCCUCUGACUCCAGAAGCCAGGAUACGAACGACUACUCGUGUGCCACGCAGCUCAGGGACGAGGAGGACCCCCAGCACCUGAAAUACGUCUUACCUGUUGAUUCCGAGGACAGCUGCAAUCCCGCCUUCCCUAAAAACACCGCCGCGUCCCCGGCCUCGGAGUGGGACAAUAAAUGGACUCACCUGACGGAGUUUGAACUGGACGGACUCAGAAGGCUGGUUGAGAAGCUGGAGUCGCUUCCUGAACAUAAAAAAUGUGUUCCACAAGGUCUGGAGAAUCCACAAGGCCUGCUGGAGGACAUGAAGGUUGUCUUAAAAGAACACGCUGAUGAUGACCCAAAACUAGCCGUCACUGGACUUCCUGUUGUGUUUUGGCCAAAGAAAAUCAUCAAGGCCCGGCCUCCAAACCGACCCAAACCCAAGAUGGCGGCGUCCCCCGCGUCCGCGAUCAAGCUGUCGGCGAGUCGGGGAACCUCCGGCGCCAGGAGACGACGGACGCGCUGCCGCAAGUGCGAGGCGUGCCUGCGGACGGAGUGCGGCGAUUGCCACUUCUGCAAAGACAUGAAGAAGUUCGGCGGGCCGGGAAGAAUGAAGCAGUCGUGCAUCAUGAGGCAGUGCAUCGCCCCCGUCCUGCCACACACAGCCGUGUGUGUUGUCUGCGGCGAAGCGGGCAAAGAGGACACUGUUGAGGAGGAAGAGGAGAAGUUCAACCUGAUGCUGAUGGAGUGCUCCAUCUGCAACGAGAUCGUCCAUCCUCACUGUUUAAAGGUCAAAGAUUCAAGCGGAGUUGUUAACGAUGAGCUGCCAAACUGCUGGGAAUGUCCAAAGUGUAACUAUGCUGGCAAAACUGGAAAAGCCUCCAAGCAAAAAAGGGGCCCCGGGUUUAAGUACGCCUCCAACCUCCCGGGCUCGCUCCUGAAAGAACCGCGUCCAAACCGGGACGCCAAGGAGGAGCCAGAGUCUCCUUUGCUGGUCUCGGCGACCAUUCACGCUCUGACCGCCGCGUCCGGCGUGAAGAGGAAAGCCGAAAGAGACGACGUUUCCAGGAGGAAAGAGGAGGAGGUUACGAAGAAGCGGCCCCCGCUGCUGUCCCUGGACGAUUCGCCGCGGCCGCCGAGACCGGAGGACAACCCGCUGAGGAAGAAGAAGAAACUGUUUGACACCAGCGACGAACCUGGUAACGUCAAAAGAAAGCUCUCCAAACCGGACGAUCCUCUGACGGCGAAGGUGCUGAGACACAUCAAGGCGGAGAACGACCUCGGCGAGUACGAAGAACUCCAGGAGUCCCGCCAGGAAGACCGGUUCUCUUUGCACACGCUCCAUUUCAAAGAGAAAAAGGAAUACGGCGGCCGAAAGGAAGACGAGGAGGAAGAUUAUGACGUGGACAGGACAGAGGACAAAGGCAAAGUCCUGAGGAGUCCCCUGAGGAGAGCGUCGCCAGGCAAGGAGGGCGACAACGGAGCCGGACCCAGUGGCGAGCCGGGGGACGUCAGUGCUCAGGUGAAAGUUUGCCAUCAACGCAGACGCCCCGCCAACAGAGACAAGACAGAAGACGGCGUCAACAACAGGACAGACGAUCAUGAGCCGGCCAAUCGGAGGGCGCACAAAGCGAAGGAAGGCGGCACCAAUCAGAACAGAAGACCCGAACAGAAGACGGAGGAGUUCCUGUCCAAUCACAACCACAGGCCGGUCAAGGUGGAGCCCGAGAACGACGUAGCGGUGGCAAAUCCACAAUGGCCGCUCAACAACGGCAGCAGCGACCUCGGCGGCUGGCUGAGACACAGCGGGCGGGAGCAGAACGGUACGCCGCGCCGCCACUCGCCGCUCAGCUCCAACCGCGGCGCGCCGGCGGCGCCGCGUCCGCUCCCCUGCCGCUCCCCGCCCAAAUGCGUCCAAAUGGAGCGCCACGUCAUCCGCCCGCCUCCCAUCAGCCCGCCCCCGGACAGGCUGCCUCUGGGCGACGGCGAGGAGCACGUGAUGCAGCGCGAGACCUGGAUGUUUGUGUUCGGCCACCUGGAGCACCGAGACCUCUGCGUGUGCAUGCGCGUGUGCAGGACCUGGAACAGAUGGUGCUGCGACAAGAGGCUGUGGAAGCACAUCAAUCUGAACCGCUGCAAGUCCAUCACGCCGCUCAUGCUGAGCGGGAUCAUUCGAAGGCAGCCGGUGGCUUUGGACCUGAGCUGGACCAACAUCUCCAAGAAGCAACUCAGCUGGCUCAUCAACAGACUCCCCGGUUUGCGAGUGCUCCAGUUGUCCGGCUGCUCGUGGGUGGCUGUCUCCGCUCUUUGCACCUCCAGCUGUCCUCUCCUGAGAAUUCUUGACGUCCAGUGGGUGGAGGGACUGAAAGACGCCCAGAUGAGGGACAUUCUGUCACCGCCGACUGACCACAGGCCAGGCCAGUCAGACAACAGGAGCAAGCUGCGACACGUGGAGGACAUCCGGCUGGCCGGUUUGGACAUCACGGACGCCACGCUGCGCCUCAUCAUCCGCCACAUGCCCUCGCUCUCCAAGUUGGACCUCAGCUACUGCAACCACGUCACAGACCAGUCGGUCAACAUCCUGACUGCCGCCGGGACCACCACUCGGGACUCUCUGACGGACAUCAACCUAUCAGUGUGCAACAGGGUGACGGACCAGGCGCUGACCUACUUCAAGCGCUGCGGCAACGUUCGCCGCAUCGACCUGCGCUUCUGCAAGCAGGUGAGCAAGGAGGGCUGCGAGCGCUUCGUGGCCGAGAUGUCGGUCAGCGUGCAGUUUGAGCUGCUGGAGGACAAACUGCUGCAGAAGAUCCAGCCUCUGCCUGCCGACUAGAGCGCCGUCCAGCAGGGGGCGACACAGGACGCAGGACGUUCCUCCUACAACUACUGAGCCAGAAUGUAUACAAAAAAACACAUUUAUGUUCCCCUGAAGACUUUAUUUUGUCCCUUUUUUUGCACUCAAAGGUAUUUAUUGACUAUUUUCUACCAUGGCUGUGUUGUUUUCUCUGUUCUAAUGCAAACUGUUGCAUUGCAAGAGUGCUAUUUUUGUAUCAGAAAGCCUUUCUAUGAUAUUCUAAUAUUGAUAUAAUCAAUCUUGUCAUUUUGUUAAUUUUGGUAGCUUUUUUUUGGACUUAUUGUGUACUUUCUUUGCACCUUUACUGAUGAAUGAUGUGUUGGUGUAGAGCAGGGCUAGUCAAGUCAAAUGUGAAGUGAGCCACACUGCAAAAACAUGCAUCAAAGAUCAUCUAUUUGACAGUUCUAGUGUGUUAAAAUGUGUUUUUUUCCCCCCUUUAUUGCACUGAGAAGUGUUUGCCAUUCCUCCAUCUUGUUCUUUGUCAGAGGACCUCCGUUGUUUUCUUAGCAGGCAGCUUUUCAACACUAAGCUGUCAGAAGUUUGUGCAUAAAAAAAGAUUUUCUUUCUUGUGCCAUUGGAAGAACCUGCAAAAUGUUGUAGUUUUUUUUGCACCACAUUUUU